CCGACCCCAGCCUCCUCGAGCUUGUAAUCAACGGCCUUGAGCCUGCAUUAAUGUUUCUUAGUCUAGUGUAGCAAACAAUGCCUUCGGGACUGGUUAUAGUCACUGUGCCCCACACGCGCAGACACCCACACGGCAGUGUGUCCCUGCACUCAAUGUGUCGCUUGUGCGCUGGCAGCGUUUUGCAACUGCGGCAAUAUGGGGCGAGAAACUGUUGUCUCAUUAUGGUACAACUGAAUGUGACUUUGGCAGCGUGAAAGAGGAUGCGUGUCUGCGGCGGGCUGGCGCCGGGCAAUCAUGGGUGGGACUACCGCUCGUUACCGGCGCAGCCGCGCGGCUUGUUCGCUGUGGCUGCCUUCACUGCCACCGCCAGCCUCACACAUCCUACCUUAUGAAGCUGGCGGUAUGGGAGCGCUACGCUUAUGCAUGCUGGGACGCACGUGCGCACGUGCACAACUAGCUGCACUACGGUAUUAGCAGAGACUUUGGGUUGCGACCAGAAGGCACGCUCAGGGUGUACAGCCAUGGUGUACACAGCUCUGAGGUGUACGGCUGGCACGGGGUUCGUGCAGGCGUUUGAGAUGCGCCGUGUGCGGUCUGCCGUGCCGCAUUGAGGAGUGCCGGUGGACUACCCAGCGCAGCUGGUCGACCUCAAGGCGCUGCAGGAUGAUCUGACCAACACCAAAAACCGCACCGAACAGUGGAAGCCCUCAAACGGGUGUACACGUGGACGAGAGAGUGGUUACAGUGUCCUCCACGGGUGCGCACCCCCUCCCUCCCCCCCCCACCCACCCCCUCCCUCUCCCCCCCCCCCCACACACCCCCCGCAGACCGGUGGGCACCAGAUGUCCGAGGCCGCACACUGAUGGAGGCUGCAUGCUGGUGGAGGGACAUGGCUUGGGAGUGCAGAGCGCUGACACGGCGGUGGGGUAGAUAGAGGGACAUGGCGUCCUUAAUUUGUCCAUGCGUGGCUCACAGAACCCAAGACUCAAAUGCUCCAAUGGGGAUCAAAUGCCUAACACGUUCAACGGCACUUCAUGGACGCAUUACGUUGUUCUAUUGGCGAUCAACACACUGUGUCGGUGUCGCGCGAUGGCAGUUAUUUACGGCGUAGAUAUGCCGCGCCCCUUUGUUUAGAAGCGGGCACGGGCCCUGGGCCCAGCGGCAGUGGUGGCGCGCAUGUUCGGAGCAGAGGGGGCGGGCAAGGCCACGUGGAGGAGGACAGCGCGGCGCCGCCUUCAAAGCGGCGCCGGCGCGUAGGUUGAGACCUGCCGGUGUUGUCUGGUUAGCGACCUGUGCUGACGAGCAUGGCGUAGCGGGCAGUCGGCUGCAGCGGCAGGGGUGUUGAGAGGUUUUCCUUGCUGUCUGGUUGGCCUGCUGCCUGCUGCACUAGUGCUUGAUUGCUGGGCGCGACUGGGCACAUGGCGGGCGGUGCCUGCACAAACCGAACCCGGCUACGUCCGGGAGAUGAGGUUGUUCGUGGGCUCAGCCCACUUUUCCCUUGCAAGGGAGAGCCACCUUUUCUUGUUUAGAAACGGGUAAAGACAUGUUGGUUGGAUGUAACCCGUGAGAUGUAACCUCUGCCGGUA